AUGACAUCCAUACACGAUAAUUCUACGAUGCAGACGGGACACAAGGCGCCGGCGAUGGCCUCGCUUCAGGUGGAAGCAGGACACCACACGUCCAACACAGACGCGAAAUACACGGGAACGGUUUAUGAUGACCAUGAUAUGCAGCGCAUGGGAAAGGUCCAGGAGCUUAAGAGGAACCUCCGCCCUUUGGCUGCAUUGAGUUUUGCGUCGGUACUUCAGGCGACAUGGGAGUUUAUUCUCAUAUCGAAUACACAAGGGCUGCAAAAUGGCGGACUCGCGGGCAUGUGUUGGUCCUAUUUGUGGACGUUUGUCGGGUUUGGCUUUAUCAUCGCAUCGUUGUCGGAGAUGGCUUCCAUGGCCCCGACCUCUGGCGGACAAUACCACUGGGUGUCCGAGUUUGCUUCCCCGCGAUACCAGAAAUUCCUGAGCUACAUCACAGGCUGGAUGUCCGUUCUAGCAUGGCAAGCAGGCUCCGCAUCAGGCUCUUUCCUGACCGGUACAAUCAUCCAAGGGCUUAUCAGCGUCCGCGAUCCGGACUAUCAUCCUGAGCAGUGGCAAGGAACGUUGUUUGUUUUUGCGAUGAUUGUGGUGAUCUACUUUUUCAACGUCUACGCCGCGGACAUGAUGCCUCUGUUCAAUAACCUGCUGAUGAUCCUGCAUAUCCUCUCCUGGACCGUGAUCGUGAUUGUACUGUGGGCCAUGGCUCCGCAUCAAUCUGCCAAGGCUGUGUUCACGCAGUGGACGAAUGAGGGGGGCUGGUCGAGUAUGGCGCUGAGUGCCUUGAUCGGGCAGAUUUCUGCAAUCUAUGCUUCGCUGAGUAUGUUCACGCUUUCGUUCGGAAUCGCUCUAAUUCUGGCAGGCUCCGAUGCAACAGCACACAUGUCCGAGGAAGUCAAGGACGCUGGGCGCUAUGUCCCAAUUGCGAUCGCAUGGGGAUACUUUAGCAACGGCGUCAUGGCCAUUGUGAUAGUCAUCUCCUUCCUCUUUGCCAUUCCUUCAGUCGACGACGCACUGUCCGACAACACUGGGUUUCCUUUCAUCUAUGUGUUCAAGAACGCCACGUCGGUCGCCGGGGUUAAUGGGUUGACGGCCAUUAUUCUCCUUCCGGUCAUUUUCAGCAAUAUUCUCUUCAAUGCUUCUACGUCCCGGCAAACCUUCGCGUUUGCCCGGGAUAAAGGACUACCCUUCGCCCGCUGGAUCGCCAAAGUCGACCCUAAACGCAAGAUACCCGUGAAUGCGAUUGCAUUAUCUUGCAUAAUCAGCUGCCUCCUCUCUCUCAUCAACAUCGGCUCGCUAACCGCCUUCAACGCCAUCAUCUCGCUCAACGUAGCAGCCCUCAUGUACACGUACAUCAUCUCCAUCAGCUGCAUCAUCUACCGCAAGAUCUGGCAUCCGGAUACUCUGCCCCCGCGGCGGUGGGAUUUGGGUCGGUGGGGCUUGACCGUUAACAUCGUGGGAUUGCUGUACUGCGUGUUCGCACUAUUCUGGGCGUUAUGGCCGAGUAGCACCCCAGUCACGGUGGACAAUUUCAACUGGAGCGUGGUGAUCUUCGGGGGUGUUUUGGCCAUUAGUUUGGUCAUGUAUGCUGUCAAGGGGCGGGGGGAGUACCAUGGGCCAGUGGUUAUCAUCCGAAGGGAUUAG